AUGUCGUCUGACUACAGCUCUGAUAAUAGCUCUCGCCCUUCUGACUUCAAUGAUGGGGCUGAGGCAAUCUUAAUGAACACUGACUUCGGGUUUGAGGACCACUCAGGGAGGUCUACUCCAGAAAGUCAUAUCGGAUGCCCGGGGUAUGGCCAUGGCCAAGGCGGCCCUGUGUAUUCCUGUGGAUGCUAUAAGCAUAAUUUGAAUGGAUUCGCUCGGUUCCAAUCCGAACCUUCAUCUCUAGACACUCAGCAGGCAUGUCAGCUUGCAGAUGCCAAGUUUCGAGCGGCACAUCCAAAGCUAUUGGGAGCUCACGGUGAUGAUCACAACAAUGACGACUCGGGUGGAUCUGGUUCAAAGCGAAAGUGGUCUGAAGAUGAUGGGGAUGUGACUAACAUGAGGGCAACGUCAGUACCUAUUGUUGAGCUUCCGCCUGAGAAACGCACGAGGAUUGAAGGAAAAUUCGAGUCGUUUGAAGGGGAAUCGCCGGCGCUAGCCAAGAUCAUGCAGGAGGUCGAGAGAAUGCGUGAUACUUGCCGCGUUUCAAGUUUAGCCACUCAAUUCAAAGUAUGCGACUUCCCCCAACACCCGAAGCAGCGAAAGAAGUGGAUGAUCUCUUGCUUUGGUGGAAUAGGACAUCAUCUUCGCAGUAUUAUGAGGCUUAGGCUGAAGCAAACUUCCCCUCACGUGGAGAUCGCAGAUAUCGGCUUCCUCAAAAAACCGAUUCCUGGUUUACAGACUUUCAUUCGGGAUAUGGCUCACUACACGCUCAGUCCCGUGAGGCUCAAGGCGAGCAAGAUUGGUGGAGGCUCUCCUGAUCUCUAUGUCAGCAUCAAUGAUCGCGAGGAACUCGCAAGAACCAAGCAUAAGUUGAGCAUGUUAGCAUGCAGGACCGACUGGGACUUCUCAGUUCAAGCUAGGUGCUGCGAAUUUAACGAAUCAAGUCUGCUGGGAACGGCAUCUGACAUCUGCCAAUUCUUCGGCUAG